AUGAAUUGGUCGAAUGUUUCAUUUCAUCUUUUAAAAUAUGAAUCUGUGAGACAAAAGGAGAAUUAAUUCGAACAAUAAUAAUAAAAAACUUCACUUAACAAUAACUCUUUCUCGAUUCCUUCAAAAUAAGAAUAAUUAUAAGAAAAAAUUAGAUGCAAAUCUGAUCAAUGUGAUGAAUUUGGAAAUUACUCGAAUAAAUAUAAGAUUUUUCAUGAUCUUAUUGUUGAAUUUCCAUAACAUAAAAAAUAAAGACUUACCUAAAUAAUCGUCUAAAAUUUAAGUAUUAGUUUUCUUAUUUAGAAAAAAAUCCAAUCUCCUUUCAAUAAAAUUCUUUUAGAAAUAUUGUUGUUAAAUCAUAAGGACCAUAAAAUAAUGUCAUAAGCACUUUUAAUAAAAGAUUAAAAGAUAUUAAACAUUAGGAAUAAGAAGUUAAUUUGGAUAGUAAAACUGGAAUGGAUUUACAUAACAAGAAUGUCUAAAAAAUUAUUAAAUAAGAGAAAUUUUCUAAAGUAGAGAUUGAUCCUAGCAUUGAAACUAUGCAUACUGGUAUCUUUAGUUGUUCUCCAGGAGAAAGUCCUAGAGUUAAAGCCUUUAAAAGUACAUUCACAUUAUAUUAUAGAAACAACUAAUAAAUUUAUUUUAAAAUAAACUCUUUAAAAAACUAAUAUUAUUGAUAAAAUAAUAUGUGAGAGUAAAAUUAAUUAAAAAACAACUUAUUCUCCUAGAUCAAUAGUGAAUCAUUAACAUAAAAAGACUAAUUCUAGUGGUCAUUCUGCUUAUUCAGAAUAGAACAAAUUUCUUCGUAGAAUUAUCGGUAAUUCUCUCUUUUUAAAAACUCUAAAUAAGUAAUUAUGA